AUGGCUUCCAGUACCCCUGGCAUGGGCUGGCCAGCAGCGAAGGUGCCUAUUGAGCUCUUCAUCCUCAUCGCCGUGCACCUCGAUGAUCGGAGUGAUGUCCAGAAUAUGCGACUCGUCAGCCGUGAAUUCAAUGCAAAGCUGGCCGCUGACUUCUUUCGAAACCUGGUCGUCCAUUUCGGUCGUGACCUUUACACCACUCUGGAUAUCGCGCCCUCGCCCUCUGUGAGAUCUUCUUCUGUCGACAUCACCAACCGGCUGAUGGAAACCACCACCAUAUUCGAUGUCUUCGGCACAACAAUCCGUCGCUUUGGGCUCGCGCUUGAACUGACCGACGAGGACCUUGCUGCCUCGAACGACGACGACCCCCUUGUCCUGCACAAACGCCCAUGGGGGAUGUACAGAUGGCCCAGAACAGCGUCUCCCUCACUUCUGCAGAAAAUCGCCGUGUCCUUGGAGGACUCGACUGGCGUCUGUCGCAUCUUGAGACGCCUGAGUCGUGUCCAGGAGCUCGCCUUGUCGUGCGAUGGAGGGUUGGGCUACCUCCGCGGUCCCGACACCAACCGGUUGGCACUGUCCCAGAAGCCCGCUGUGUUUGGUGAUCCGAACCUCAAUCCAGGUCACCAAAGUGCCCCACCUCGACUCGAUUCUGAUGGUCCGUCUCAGUAUGAGAGGCUUCAGCAGUCGAUGCUUGCUCACGGCAUCGCCCCUGAUUCUGUUCUUGCCGAGAUCCAGAAGCUUCUUAAAAAUGAGGGCAAAACUCUGGAGGACCUCGCCUCGGAAGGACGCCAACGGUGCCCAUUGCCUAGAGACCGUCCAGGGCGCCGUGGCCUGGUACGCGAGUGCGAUUGUUGUAAAGCUCGAUCCAAGACACUCCGUUUGCAGCCGGAUAUGCUCACGGCCGCCCAAAGACAGAUGUUGUUGCAUCAUCUAUCAGCCCAUCAGGCUCUCAUUCAGUCUUACUUGCUUGGAGUCAUUGACAACGCAACCACAUUUGUCAACCUGACCAAUAUCAAGAUCGCAAGCCUGCCUAGCUUCCACGUCGAGUUGUUGUGCCGGGACGAGUUUUGGUCCAAGCUGCCGAACCUUGAGAAGGUGUCACUAGCGAUUAUCCCUGACUGGAGAAAAGUGGCAGAACUUGGUCCAGAUUCAGUGAAAGAAUCACAGGUCUAUCCUACGGACGCAAUGCCCAAGGUCUUCAACUUGUUGCAAAACUACAUCGGUAAACAGCAAGGCAUCAAGCAUCUCCAUUUCGAGUGGCUUUGUGGUGGGGAACUGGCACCUGGCCGACUACAGAGAAACAGGCACAUCUUACCGGCACCCUUUCUCAAGGAACACUUGAGGGUCUCGGACUCGCGGCCCGAAAACCUCCUCAUUCUGCCUUUCGUCACGCACCUGUCGCUCAAGAACUGCUGGUUCGCGCCUCACGUAUUCUUCCGCAUCAUACGAACAAUGGCAGCAAACUCGCUCCAGUCACUUGAGCUCGAGACAGUAUCACUCACUGGACCUCCGCACCCCAAGGGCGUUAGGGGUGGAAGAGCUCCACGGGAUCGUCACAACGGCGGACAGGCAGGGGCUGCACAGGCAGGUGCUGCACAAGCAGGCGCUGCGCAGGCGAAUGCCUUCCAAGUGCUUGUCGCACAAGCGAUUGCCGGACAGGUGAACGCUGGCAACAACUUGCCGCCCGCCCUAUUGACUCUUCGAAACGCUAUAGCACAGCGAGGCUUGAUACUUCCAACCAACAUAUUGAGGAGUAUUAGUACGUACCUGGGUGAGCCUGUCGACGACGACUCGGAGCCCGUAGAGGAGCCUCCCACGCUGUCUUGGGCUCAUAUCAUUGAUAUGCUCACGCCGGGUGAAACCAUCCGCGAGACUCUGCACCAACAAGAAAUGAUAGCCGAUCCCCUAAUCGAGCCACUUCAUCUGAAGAAACAGCUCCACCUCCGAAGACUUGCUUUCAAGUCAUGUGGAUACGUCACAAUCCCCGAUAAUCGCUUCAUUUCCGAUCGUCCUCUCGAAGCUGGAGCCCUUGACGGCAUUAACGGGUGGGAGGUUCACCGCAAGGAGGCCCAGCCACACUGUCUGAAGUGGUUCAUGCAAGUCAACACAGAUAGGCUCCUCGGACGCACAAGCUCCUUCCUGGGUAAGAAAGAGCAGCUGGCUAUGAGAAGAGUCUUCCGCUUUCGAACAGGGUGGAAAGACGUAUAUGACGAUCGAGUCAUAAAAGCGGCGAAAGAAGACGGGAUAGUUGCUCCUGGUAAGGGUCGCUUCAGUGGCGAGAUCGAGUACCACCCUACGCCCACACCGCUCGAACGAUACGCAGGCACUUUAUAUGCGGCGGACGAGGAAGAUGGUGUGGAGUACGUUGAGGAUUACAACACCCUGAGCCUUCACAACGAUUAUGAUGAUGAAUUCGAGCUUGCAAGGUUACAGAAGGAACUGGAGGAAGAGGCCCAUUAUCAGCCGGCCCCUCCUCGACAAAGGGCCGGUCGGCUACGGGGUGGUAAUAAUGGAGGUGCCAAUGACGGAGGUGCCGGUGACGGAGGUGCCAAUGGCGGAGGUUUCGUCUUGGUUGUCGAUGGAUUCUAUGAAGACGCUCUCGAUUGA